GGACAAGUCUUACAAUGAAAUGUACAAACCAGAGCUACAUCAUUUUGUUAAACAGAUAUAUAGUUUUCUAGACGACGCAACAAUAGACAAUGCACUUAUUGAAUCGAUGAAGAACAGGUCCAUUGUAUGGACAGGAAAUGGCUUUUGUCAACCCCAGAAAAUUUACUUAAACAGCAGCAAUGAUGACAUACACCUUGAACCGUACCUUUACCAGUUACCUGGUGAAUUUUUAUAUAUGAAAGACUUCUUUCAUCGACUUGGUUGUAAGAUGUGUCAGUCCCCAGAGCUUCUUGUAGAUGUCCAAGAACAGAUUAAACAACACCAUAUUCAGAUUCGUACAGAAAAGGAGUAUAGGAGGGAUUUACGUCAUAAUAUAAACAUUCUUACUUUCUUCAAGAGGAGCCAUUCUCAUUGUACAAUAGACUACAAUGCAUUAAUUCCUGUCGAAACUGAGGUGGAAAAUCAGUUAUCACUUAAACACAUUCAUGAAUGUGCUUACCGCAGUAGUCAUUGGUCAGAAGACGUUAAAGUAACUGAUGAAGAGGAACCUUUCGCUGUCCAUCCUGAUAUAACUUUUGCAGCAAGCAUUGGCAUAAAAUCAAUGGAAGAACACUAUUUAUCGGAUACAGGAGUACUUGAAUGGGAACAAGAAAUGUCUCUAGUCAACAGAAUUAAAUCCCUUCUCAAAGGGUAUAGAGAUGGCCUAUCUGUUCCAAAAGAAUUGAUUCAGAAUGCAGAUGAUGCGGGUGCAACAAAAGUAUGUUUUUUAUAUGACGAACGUGAAAACCUAGACUGCAGAACUAAUCUUCUUAAUGACAAGAUGAGUGAAUGUCAAGGCCCGGCUCUUUGGGUAUACAACAAUGCUCAGUUUAGUGAAACCGAUUUUAAGAAUAUAACGAAGGUAGAAGGAGUGACUAAAGAUCUUUCUAAAAUUGGUAAAUUUGGAGUUGGAUUUUGUUCGGUUUACAAUCUAACUGAUGUUCCAAGUUUUGUAUCUGGAGACAUAAUGGUAAUCUUUGAUCCACAGGGCUCCUGUCUAAAGACAAAAGGAAUGAAAAUUGAUAUGAAAUCACUGAAAAAUCAGAGAAUGCUUAACAAAUGGAGUGAUCAGUUCAAACCAUUCAAAAAUAUAUUUGGAUGUGACCUAAGCACUGAAGGCAGUAGGAUUCCUCAUUUUGACGGAACACUUUUUCGACUGCCUCUCCGAACUAGUCAACAGUCUGGCAGUGAACUAAGCAGCUUAGUUUAUAAUCACGAUGAAAUGAGACAAAUGUUAGAGAUUUUCAUAAAAAGUGCUGGAAACCUUUUAUUGUUUACUCAAAACGUGAGCGAAAUUGAAAUUUUUCAUCUUUCUGAUAUCGACACCAGAAGAAAACGACUUAUUUUUCAAGCUUCUAGAAAUUUGAAAUGGCACUCCCCGUUAACGUAUAAAGAAGAUGAAAACGACGGGAAGAAACGUAACAAAGUACCAGUCCUGAAGCAUUGUUCACAACAAAUCAAUAAUUCAUCGGACAAGAAUGCUAAUUUUGGCACUUAUCAAUACAGUGCUGAAGUUGUCAUGAAAUUCAAAGAAACCGGAAAACAAUUUCAUGGACAGAAUGGAAAUUCAACUAAAACAACUUGGAUGGUUUCAUGGGCUUCAGGAACAAAUGAAUGUGUAAAACAAUCAAUGCAAGAUAUUGGAGCUCACAAGUUACCUAUAGCAGCUACUGCUGUAAUGAUACAGGACAACAACGGAAAACGUAUUGCUGUUCCAUUGUCUGAUGCACCGUUUGGAUUUUACGAUUCUAGUCAUUUGUUUUGUGUGCUUCCACUACCUAUAAUGACCCCUUUUAAUUUUCACAUUAGUGGGUCAUUUGCCGUCACACAAGACAGAACGCAACUCUCCAUUGAAUCGAGUGAUGAUAAACAACGUUUUGAAUUAAACUGGAACCGAGCAGUCAUGAAAGAUGCAGUUGUGAAAUCUCUGUUUUCUCUUUUGCAGGGUUUGCAAGAGAUUAAUGUAAAGCCAGGAAAAGAUCUGCAUUUACUGUGGCCGGUUUUCCAUUCUCGUGUGGUAGACCUAGAUAUUUAUAAAGAAACACAAGAUAGAUUUAUAGCUGAACUUUUGACGUCUAACCAAAAGGUCAUUUAUCAGUCUGACCUUGACCAUUGGACACAAUUUAGCUCUUGCAGAAUGAUGGACCCACAAUUAUCAAACUCUGAUGUUGGACAUAUUGCCUACAGACAUAGUUUAAUGUACCUCAAAGAUAAAGGGAAAAUCCUUAUACAAAUGCCGGAUUGGUUACUACACCAGUUCACGAUGAGUUGUGGGGAUACAAUAACUGAUUCCUUGUUUACCACAGUAAUGUUUUAUGAGGAAGUGUUUUUACCAUUAGUUUAUCAAGGAAAAGUUUCAGAUAUAGAUCGAAACAAUUUGUUAUUGUUUGCAGUUGACAAAAACAAUGACAAAAUAAACGAAAUACUCAUAAACCAUGCUUGCUUUUCAACAACAAGAGGGAUUUUGAGGAAACCCUCUGAUAUUAUCUUAAAGCAAAGUUCCUUGAGUAAACUGUUUGUUCCAGGUGAUGCUUAUUUCCUUGACUUAAGUGUGGAGCAGGAAACUGAACACCGCGUUGAGCUUUUCAAAAAAUUAGGAAUGCUUUAUAAGAGCCUACCUGAUUGUCUUAUAGUUGAUAGAUGUGCAUCAGUUGAAAAGAUAUCUAAGAAGUGUGUUUACUGUGCUAUGCAAAGGUGCAAGGAUAUUUUUGAAUAUUUCGAAAGAUCCCCUCCGAAAAUGAACAAUGAAUUAGUGAAUGCAUUGACGAAAAUCAAAUUUCUACCAGUUAUGAUGAAACCGAAAAAUUGGCCUUUUCAAUGGAAAGUCGCAGGAAAUGAGGAAAUGAAUAAAACAUGUGGACCAAAACAUAAACUGAAACAAGUCUCACCAUUGAUGCACUUACCUCAGUUCUUUACAAUGGAAUGUUCAGAAAAUUUAUACUUCGAUGACUGCAAAGAUUUAAUUUGUUGCACCAAUCUAGUUGUGUAUACAAGGGCUAUCCACACAAAAAAUGUAGACCAAAUAUUGCAAAGUCUGGGUCUUAAAGGGUAUAAGAAAACGGGUGUUGCCUUGGACCAUGUUGUACGACAAACAAAAAUUCUUAUAUCGCAGUGUGAUAAAGAGAAUGUAAAAUAUGUACGUCCUGUUUUGGAGACAAUUUUCGAAUGGCUUAGUAAUGAAUGCAAAACGUCAAUCGAUAGAAACGAAGGGGAAAUGCAAUCAUUAUUAGCACCUUUGCAAAACUCAACAUGUUUGUUAAUAAACGACACAUUGUGGAGUCCAAAUCAAGUAUCUUUGAACUUUGAUGGCAAUUGUCUGCCUUAUCUUGUUGGAAUCAACCAGAAAGAUACAUACUUGAGCAGGUGUAAAACAUUAUUAUAUUUCCUUGACGUAAAAGAUAGAUAUUCAACGAAUGAUAUUUCAAAAGUUCUUAUGUCUUUUCAAGUAAAGAUAGAUAUUAAAGAACCCAUAGGUGAACAACAUAUUCAUCAGUAUUGUUCACUUUUGAGUGCUCUGUGCAUUGCAUUGACAGAAGAGAAAAUUGAAGAAGGUUUAUAUCCGCCAUUGCAAGACGGAGAAAUUCUGGUACCUGACGAUGCGAACUAUUUAAAUCCGGUGCAUCUAUUAUGUCUCAAUGACGAUGUCGAAAUAGAGAGAUCUGAAUCUAUGAAAUUUGCUUGUAAACACAUAUCUCGCGCACAAGCAAAUAUCUUGGGAAUUAUAUCCAAGAAAAGAAAGAAAAUAUCAGAACACUAUAAUGAAAUGCCAUUUGGUCAAACGGAAGACUUAACUACACGAAUAAAGAAAUUGUUGGAAGGAUAUCCAGCAGAUGAAGGAAUUUUUAAAGAGUUGUUACAAAAUGCUGAUGAUGCCGGGGCAACGGAGAUUCAUUUUGUCACCGACUUCAAUAACUAUUCAUCUGCAAAAGUGUUUGAUGGAGAUUUCAAAGAGCUUCAGGGACCAUCAGUUCUUGUUUAUAACAACAGUUCUUUUGCGGAAAAUGACUUAAAAUGUAUUCAACUGCUAGGAAUUGGAAGUAAAAGAAAAGAUCCAACCUCAACAGGGAAGUACGGCGAUGGUUUUAAUGCCGUAUAUCAUCUGACAGAUGUGCCAAGUUUUAUCACCAAGGGAGAAAAGAUGGCUAAAGGUAAUCGAACUCUUUGUAUUUUUGAUCCGUUAUGCAAGUAUGCCACUGCUGCAAAUAAGCGAAAACCAGGUAGUAGAUACUGUGACUUGGAUGCACUAAAGGAUACAGUCCCCGAUGUGUUUGUGCCGUAUCAUGAAGAAUGUCUUAUGGGAGAUGAGGGUACAAUAUUUAGAUUUCCUCUUAGAAAAACACCUUCAGAGAUAUCGGACAACGCUAUGGAUACGGACCAAAUAAUAGCAUUGCUUGGAAAAUUUAAAACCCAAGCUGGACGUUCUUUGUUCUUUUUAAAUCAUAUCCGCAAGGUUUUAUUUUCACGAGUUGAGAAUGGGCAAAUAAUAAAUGAAUAUUCUGUAACUAUAAAAAUGUCUCAGGAAGACAACAGACAGAAGCGUGAAUUUCAUGAACAACGACUAAACGUUGCAGAAAAAAUAAAAAAUAGAACACAAAUAACAACUGAACACGUUGUUCAAAUAAGGACAACGAUGCACUUAUGUUUUUUUGAUGAGAAUAAUGAAAACGUAGAACAAGAUGAGGAAAGCUGGUUUGUUGUGGAGACAAUUGGAUUAAAAAAAGGCGUAGUUCCGAAAGAAGUACACAAUGCUUACUCUGCUGGUGGUUUAGGACUUUUGCCCCAGGGAGGUGUUGCACUUCCUCUCUCAAACAUUGCAAAAUUACAAUUCAGUGCCUUUUGUAUCUUACCAUUGCCAAUUAUAACUGGUCUACCAAUGCAUGUGAAUGGUCAUUUUGCUCUGAAUCACGAGUCUAGAAGGAAUUUAUGGGAGGAUAACAAAGAAAGUCUAGAGGUAAUAUGGAACCGAACUCUGAUGGCAUCGGUAAUUGCCCCAUCGUACAUUGCAGCACUUGAAAAACGACGUGAUAUCUGUAACGAAUUUACAAAAAAAGUCAACAGUGAGUUCCAUGUCCGAAAUCAGUUGAAAGAAUACUUUAAACAUUUUCCAUCCAUAAAGAAAGCAAAAGAUAAUAAUUGGAAAAGUUUGUGCGUUGAAAUAUACCGCCAAAUUAUAGAGGAGAUCCAGUUGUUCCCAACAAUUUCAAAAAUUUUUCUUAACUUUGUUGAUUAUACUAGUAUACAUGUGACUAAAUGCAAUGUUGACUGGAUUUGUCUGAGGAAAAAAAAUUCUGAAUUUUCAUCAGUUUUUUGCUUAGAAGAAAAAGAGUCUUUGGAUGCUUACUCAGUAGUGAGCCUCAUGAAAUUACUAAAUCUACAGGUGAUUGAUUUAUCAUGUGGUAUUUUUGAAGAAAUGUCGGCAUGUGAACUCGAAGUAAAAAGUGUAACCCCGGACAUUGUUGUAACAUUUCUUCAGUCUCAUUUAAAUGCGAACUAUGAUUCAUGCAAGCUAGUUGGGCUGGGAAAGGAUUUAGGAAGUACAACAUUAAAAACAAAUUUGAAUGUGGAUAACCUGCUGAAUUUUUGCAAAAAAAGUAGCUCUUUCAAUCAACAAUUGCCUGGAUUACCAUUGUGCAUUACAAAUGAUAAUAUCCUGUUGGCAUAUUCAGAGAUGACACCUUUCUAUGUCACCAAACACUGUAACAUAAUGCAAGGUUUAGAAGAAAAGUUCAUCAACAAGAAAAUACAAUACCUACUGAAAGACAUUAUAUCACCAUGUCUGAAAAAGUUUACUUUACUUGAAUUUGAGAUAUUGAUAAAAGAUGUUAUAUGUCGCCGGACGUACAGAGAGUCAAACACAUCAUUUCCAUGGAAUCCAGCCAAAGAAAGCAUUCCGAAUCAGAAUUGGUUAAGAGGUGUAUGGGACUAUUUUGCAGAAGUUCUAUCUGCGCUUAAAUCUUCUAAGCAACAUAACGAAAAUGAUUCUAUUGCACAUGUUUUGUCAAAAUGGUACUUACUUCCUAUACGUAGAGGUCAACAAUAUGAACUUGAAAGGAUUGGAAUGUCUAAAUACGUUAUUUAUAGAGAAUCCUUUACAAUUGAUAAACCACUGCAUGACGCUUUACAAAGGAUAGAAAUGCCAGAAUUAGACACUCGUAUAUUUUGGAGGGAAAAUAAAAUUACAAAAAAGCUACAACAUUUUGAAGCAGCAUUUAAAGUAGCAAAAGGAUUAGUGGUAUCGUGUGAUAAUUCAUUAGAUGUUUUUGAAUGUCUUGUUCACAACCUUAGAAGUCACAAGAAAGCAAUAUCUGAGGAUGACUGUUCUGCAAUCUUAGAAUACAUUAAUGAUAAUAUAGAGACGUUUGAAUUAGAAUACCCUAUCAAUAAAAUCUUGGAAAAGCUACGGAGCAUCCCCGUGUUUAUUACAGUUAGUGGAUAUAACACAAAUGUAGAAAGUUAUUACACUACAGUCCUGGUUUUACCAACCAAUAUCCCGUUUGUUGGAAUCGAAGAAUGGGCAAAUUCAUCGGGUAUCGUACUUUUGAAGAAGAUAACAAGAAUAACACAUCUUCAUAUUAAACUUGGAUUUGUAGCUUGCAACACAUGUGAACUUUAUUCGAAAUACAUCAUACCAAACUUUCAAAACAUGCCACAAGUGGCACACUUUAAACAUCUAGAGUACAUCAGAGAUAAAAUAUUUGUGAAAGGAAUAGACGGCGAAUUUAAAUCUACACUGAAACACUUGAUAACCGAAUUAUCAAGAUGCCCUUUCUUGUUUAAAAACAAUGUUUUACUUUGUGCAUUGAAUUUUUGCAAUCCACAUAAUAAGCUAUUCAGUGUAAUGUGCAAAGAUGACACAUUUCCUCCGUCUCCAUAUAAUGGAAAAGAGUGGGAAUGUUUCAUGGAAAUCAUUGGAAUGAAAAUGGAAGCUACUCCGGAAAUGGUAGUUAUGUUUGCAAAAGAGGUUGCGAGAGAGGGACUGCAAACAUUGUCUUUGGAAACAAAGUGCAAGUCUAAGUUGUUAGUUAUGCAUUUGAUGAACCGCGCAGACAUUCUCGAAGAGUUGAAUUGUACACGCUUGUCUGAAGUUAAGUCGAUCAGAUUUAUAGAACCAUUUGAAUUGGACAUUGAUCAUCGUCUGUCAUGGAUUUAUGAACAGUAUGACCGUCGAAAGCUGGUAUCGUUUGAUGAAUGUACAUUGUAUGACACGAAUGCGAUGAAGCUUGUAUGGACAUCAACAUAUCUAAUGCCAGACUAUGUAACGUGUACCACGAAUGAAGUAUACACAGCUAUAGGAGUUCGUGUCUCGCCAGCAGUUGAACACGUUGUACAAAACCUACAAAAUAUUGCUGUUUCCGUCCAUGAAAAAUGUUCCAAUGAAUUAGAAAUCAUAACAGAUAACACUGCAUCAUUUUUUGAAGAUCUGUUUGUAAUGCAUUAUAUGUAUUUGCAAAAUAAUGGACUUAUGAACACAAGUUUGCUGACAUUAAAGACAACACAAAUAGUUUUUGUUAAAGAGGCUACAAUAUGUCUUUUAUGUCAACAAAUAGUUAUGCAACUAGAAGAAAAAGAGGUGAUUAAACCUUAUCUAAUGCGUCUUCCUGUUGUUUACCGAGGUUGCAUGGAUCUUUUUAUAAGUCUCGGUUCAACAGCAAAAGCAUCAUCAUUUCAUUUUGCAGAGGUGCUCAAAUGCCUCCAUAAUGACAGCUUGGGAGAUAACGGCAAACCAACCAUACUUGGACCAAAUGAGAGGAAAGAUAUUCUUGUUCCAGCAGUGCGUAAUUUGUUUUUGAAUCUUCAAUUAAAAAUGUCUGUUGAUUUCAGCAUAACUGAUUUGUUCUUGCCGAAUCGUGAUUUCAUAUUACACUCAUCGCAAUCAUUGAUAGUAUCUGACAACAAUAGAAUGGAAGAAAGAGCGAAACAUUUUACAACCAACAUGUUUUUUGCCGGAUUUGAGAAACUUGGUUUGCAAGAAAUUUCAAUUUAUUCUUUUAAAUCUUUACCAGAUGAGAAUAAACCUAAAUUUUUGUCUGAACUUUUAACAGAGACAAUUUUUAAUGCAUUGGAAUGUUAUACUGGAGAUAAAGUUCAAAUGUUAUCUAGGUUUAUCAAAACCGAUGAAUUUAUUGAAGGUUUACUUCGUUUGGUUUUUGAUGAAAGAUUGAAACAUCCUUCAGAAAUAGACAUUAACCAUGGUACUUGGAAUUUUAAUGAACAUGAACAAGGUAUAAUAGCAAAAAGUAUUGGUGAAAUUAAAGUUAAACAAGUGUCAGAUUUAGAAACUGUACUAUUAUUGGAAGGGAGGCAACUUGAAGAGAGUACAGAAAGAAAGAACGCUUUUGUGGAGUCCGUGAUGAUUGAUGAUACCCGGUCCUGGAUAUUAUACUGUAUAGACAAUGAAAUGGAUCUACACGAAUGGCUAAACAGUAUUCAGUUUGCUUUUGUAAAGCUUCUUGAACAAAUCACUGUGAACAAAAUUCAAAAAAACUUGGUCUUCGUACAAAUCCUUCUGCACAGUAUUUCUAAUCCAGCCUUAAUUAAGGACAAGUUUGAUAUGGAAAGUAUUGCUCACUUAAACUCUAAGAAUGUAUCUGCUGAUAUAUAUCCAGAUCCCGGAACAUAUGUUCCACUUUCAUUACACUACUUGCUUGACAAUUAUAACUCUGAUUUUGCAAUGAAUGAUUACGUUGCUCUUUUGCUUUAUGAAGAGGAGGAAAACAGCACAGGACAAUUCAUUGACCCAGUUUAUAUCUAUGCAAAAGUAAUAAAUUGCAUUAAUGAUUCGCAAAACCUUUCAAGAAACUGCAAUAUUGCGCAAUUUGAGAAGGUAUAUUUAUUAGACGUUGGUGAAACAGAAGAAAAACAGAUCCCAGCAUAUAAGAUAUUCAAAUUUCAAAGAAAGAGAGCCUUAACUUCGAAAUCUAAAGAUGUUGUACCAACAGAUAAUGCCUUUCACUCUGCCAACUCGCAGACAGUCGAUGAAUUAUUAAACGAAGUGAAGGAGCAUUUUAUUGAAAUUUUGAAAAUAACCGAUGAAACAAAACGCCGAUUGUUAAUACGAAGACUUCGGGCUAAAUGGCAUCCAGAUCAAAACUUUGGAAACGAAGAAAAAACAACCCAAGUUUUCCAAUUCAUCGAAAGUCUCAUACGUGAUCUAAAGGAUGGUAAAAUCAUUGACGAAGAGUUCAACAGGCAAUCUCGAUAUAAGGGUGAAGAUAUACCAAGUUCUCCUUAUUUUGCACCGCCACCUAAAAAUAAUUCAAACAGUUUUUCAUCACACAACCGUUUUACUCAUGGGGUAAAUAGAGAAAAAAUUCCAAUACCUAAAGUUGCUCGCAAAUGGUUGAGACAGGCUAAGUGUGACCGACAAGCAGCCGAGGCAUUAAAUCCUUAUGCAACACCUAUUCCAGCAUUCAACUGGAUAUGCUACCAUUGUCAUCAGUCAGCAGAGAAGGCCCUGAAAGCUAUGUGGUACAAUUUGGACGCAAAUAAUGUAUCUAACAGUCACGAACUGUCUUCAAUUGCAAACGGUUUGCCAGAAGAACUAACCGUUCUUGCAAGGGCUAUGGUUAGUGUUGUUGGACAUCACACCCGAAUGAGAUAUCCUGAUCAGAUCAGUGGUGAUGAUAUUCCAUCAACAAUUUAUAGUCAACAAGAUGCUGACCAAUGUCUCAGCAUAGCUAGUGACAUUAUUUCGUUCGUAUCACAAAGAGUUCAAUAAAAUAAGAUUUAGUUAAAACGUCUUUACAAUUAUGACACUAAUUAGAGAAAAGACAACAAUGAGAACGUAUCAAAAAUAUACUAUAAUUGAAAAUACAUAUUUAGUUAGUGUAUUCUUUGUUGGUAUUUGUAAAUUUAACAUAAUGUUUAUCAAUGAGACCGUUUUACUUUAAUAGUGCGUUACCAAAUUACAAAAACUGAUUGCUCGUUAUUACAAAGUGUAUAUAAUGGUUGUCUAAGUCCCUCCAACUAAGGAAACUUAGAGUUCUAAUAGUAUUUAUCAGAAGAAUACAUUUCAUCACAUAUAUUAAAAUAAGUUAACCUAGUAUAAACAGGGUAUCGCAUUAACUUUUAGUAUCGAACAAAAUUAUGUACGUGUGUAACGGUUAACAUUGCAGUUACACAAUGUAACCGUUUCGAACAUUUUUUUCCCAUAACUACAUGUAUAAUAUAGUUUUUCAGAAACAAUUUUCGCUAUGUUUUUGCCUCUAUGAAAUUUUGAUGAAAAAAAAUGUUUAUACCAAAUCUUAAUAUACAAUAAUUUACUCUAUGAUAAUUAGAACCUUAUACUAAAAUGCUUAUCGAUCACUUUAUGUUAUGAUUAUUUUAAUUUAUACGCUUUUUGAAUAGAUAGUUUUGAAUAUUAUUCCGAGUAGAUCAUUAUUUUGCACGAGCUUGCGAAGCAAUGCAUAUUCUACAUGUGAUAAUAUUCACCCUUAUCCAUUAAACAUUGUUAAAUAACCCUUUUAUUGAGAGAAAAAAAGGUCGAAAAACUAUGUAUAUUAUAAUUUGUUAGCAAUGACUUCACUAAUUAGAAGCUUUACUUGCACUAGUGCAAUAUGAUAUAUAUCAUUGCAUACAAACUUUUGUACGGAAGCGUAUUAGAGCCAUCCUUUUUUUAUUUUUUUAUUCAAAUUGUUGACUUUAAUCUUGGAAUUCUCAACUUUAAUCUUGGAAUUUCAAACUUUAAUCUUGGAAAUUAUCAAACAUUAAUCUUGAAUUAAUCAACUUAAAUCUUGAAAUUAUCAACUUUAAUCAUGGAAUUAUCAACUUUAAUCUUGAAAAUUGCAACUCCUUUUUUUGUGCAGACCGAGGUUAUACGAUAAGAAUUAUGUUGAUCAUCAUAAAAGUUUAUAUUACAUUAUUUCUUCGUCGGGAUUGAACAUCUGAGAAUUUCAGGUUCUGACUCAAACAAUUGUAUGAUGGACAUAAUGAAGAUAGGUUUAUUUUAACGCUGAUCAUGACUUUUUGACUAUUUUAGUACCAUGAUAAUCUGUGGUGAUAAGGAAGCUGUUAAUCCUUACCAGAAAUCUUGAAAAUUCCUUGGUUUUAUUGCCAUGUAAAAUACUGUGUAAAAUAAUAUGUUUUUUGUAUUCUAAUAGAGUUGAAUUAAUAAAAGAAUAUAAGACAAUUAAUAGACUUAGCAACGACAAACGUACUCAAUAUAUACAAAAAUUCCCACUGUAAUUGUUUGUCGAUUGUACCACAAUUGUCUCGUUUAAAAAAAAAUAACCUUUCAGACCCCAAAACCUGAAAACGUGCCUUAGAAUUGAAGAACAAAACUAGCAGCAAAUAAAAUAUUUCACGCAAAAACCGUCAGCACGCCCGUUUAUUUAUUUUUAGAAAGAUAACUGUACAUUAUAUAAUAAAUAAACACAGUAGCAGACCAUUUAACUUGAGUUUGAUCACGGCGGUUCAGCAUUUUCAAUUUAUAUAUAUCAUUCAUUUGUUACUUUUUAUGUCAUUAUUGUGUUUUUGUUAAUAACUUACAGUAUAAUAAAAUAUCUAACAAUGCGUCAUCUUU